CUAUACAGCAAAAUACCCCUCGACAUAAAACGCCAUUUCGCAGGAUCUUCUCCGGCUGGUGCCACCACCAACCCACUGCUGGGUGGGGGGGACAAAAGGAGAAGCUGUCUCUCACCUCCCCCAGUGGGUGACACCUUUGGAAAACAGACUCUUUCGGUGGUGUGCUUGCAAGCUGUUUUUCCACUAGUUCUUCAGUAUUUUGACAGCAGUGAUCUGGAAGCUCCAUCUCUGCGAAGAUUUCCCAACAUAUCAUAGUCUGCUGAAUAUCCGACCUUCAUCUUCCAAUUGUGUCCUCCACAAAUCUCAUCGGCCUCAUUUUUGAAAAUUUCUUCAUACAUUAUCCAUAUGCUUUCCUAAAAUUCUUGGAAGUUGUUCAGAAACUGCCUCUGAUGUUCCUGUAUCUUCUUUGAAACCUCUCUUGAAGUCCAUCUGUUCUCCUUUUCUGAAGAGGGGGCACCCAAGAUACAACAUUUCAGAAGAAACCCAAAGGAAACUUCCACCAGCUUAAUUCGCAGGAAUCUCAAGAGCUUUGCAGGCGUUGCUAAGACAAUCUUCCUUAAUCUACUCCGUAUUCAUCACAUUCUUCCAGGCAAGAGAAAAUUCUCUCUUCCUCUCAUUUCUCAAAAGAAUUUGUGUUCCAGAUCCUGCCUACUGGAAGAGGAGAUUAGAUACAGUAGGCAAAACACCCAUAAUCACCACUGCCUCUGCUGCUUGCAUUUGUAACAACUGGCGUCGUUUCUUACCGCCAAGCUGGAGUCACUUAAGCGCUGGAAUGAAGAGAGGAUGGUCUGGUGUGAGAAAGGUGUCCAGAUUCUACUCACAACUGUGGGGGCCUUUGCUGCCUUUGGUCUCAUGAUCAUCGCCAUUGGCACAGAUUACUGGCUGUAUGCUCGUGCCUUCAUUUGCAAUACCACUAAUAUCUCUACCGAGGAAACGCCCCAGAAAGACAAAAAAGAUCCUGGAGGACUCACCCAUUCAGGUCUUUGGCGGAUAUGCUGUUUAGAAGGGUUGAAGCGAGGAGUGUGUGUGAAAAUCAACCAUUUUCCAGAGGACACAGACUAUGAUCACGACAGUGCGGAAUACCUCCUACGAGUGGUACGAGCCUCAAGCAUCUUUCCUAUCCUAAGUGCUCUUUUGCUGUUGCUGGGUGGGUUCUGCGUAGCUGCCAGCCGUGUCUACAAGUCGAAGCGCAACAUUAUUCUAGGUGCUGGCAUUCUGUUUGUUGCUGCAGGCCUCAGUAACAUCAUCGGCGUCAUCGUCUACAUCUCAGCCAAUGCUGGUGAUCCCGGCACAAAACGUGACGAUGAAAAGAAGAGCCACUAUUCUUACGGCUGGUCCUUCUAUUUUGGUGGCCUUUCUUUCAUCCUGGCUGAGAUGAUUGGCGUUCUGGCGGUUAACAUAUACAUUGAGAAGAACCGCGAAGCCCAUUGCAAAAGCCGCACAGAACUCUUGAAGAACCCUUCUUCCUCCUCCUCAGCCAUCUUACGCCUGCCCAGUUACCGUUUCCGAUACCGUCGCCGGUCACGUUCCAGCUCCCGCUCCACUGAGCCCUCCCAGUCUCGAGAAACCUCCCCCGUUGGCCUGAAGGGCUUCCCUUCCACCGACAUCUCUAUGUACACACUGUCUAGGGACCCGUCCAAGGCCAACGUCAGUUCCCUCUAUGGCGGUGCCAGUGAGACCGCCUCCACAGGGGCAACGACCUCCGGGGUGACCUCCGGGACUGGCGGAGGAUUCUUACAGUUGCACAACACCUUCCCCAAAGAUCCUGGAGUGACAGUCACGGUGACUGGGCCUGGGGUAGCAGGAGCCACUGGUACCCUGGGUAAGGAUGCCUCCUCCAACACCAACACACUCAACAGGAAGACCACGCCAGUGUAGGGAUGGACCUAAGAGAGGAGAGGGCAUGGGAAGGAGAAAAGGGGAAGAAAAAAAAAUACUGUUCAGAGGACAUCAGGCAAGUCAGAAUGUUGAGAAGCGAGAAAUCCAUCCAUCCAGUGAGCAUUUUUCUUGCUUGCUUUGCUUUGCUUUGCUCCUUCAUCCUCUCCCCCUCC